AUGUCGCCCAUUUUCUUCGCUGCGUUCGUCCUUUCCGCUUACUGCUUAACUAAGGGUGACUGCGUCUCCCACGAUGAGCUGAAAGAGCUGAAGACUGAAUUUGCCAUCAACCUCUACCAGUACCUGGCCGAAGCAGAGAACAAAACCAACCUGGUGGUGUCGCCAGCCAGCGUGGCGGUUUCUCUGGAGCUGCUGCAGUUUGGAGCUCGAGGAAACACCUUUACGGAGCUGCGGGAUGCCCUAGGAUACAGCAUUCACGAUCAAAGCGUGCAGGAUUUCUUGCGAGUGGUAUAUGAAGGGGCGACCGGCAGCUCUAGCCAAGGCACCGUGGUCCAGCUGGCUUGUUCCCUCUUUGUGCAAGCAGGACUUCAGCUCUCGCCCCUCUUUGUUGCUCAUACCGUGCGCUGGGCGAACAGCAGCCUGCAGCAAGCCAACUUCAGCUACCCUAACGCCACUGCAGCCCAAAUACAGGAAUGGAUUACCAGUAACAUUGGAGAUGGAGACCUCCACGGCAUGGCCUUGGAGACGGCUGCAUCGCCACUCAACCAGGUCACUGUGGUGAGCACCACGUACUUCAAAAGCACGUGGCAAAAGAAAUUUUCCUUCAUGGAUACCCAGAUCUUGCCUUUUACUACAGCAGAAGGCUUAACCCUGAAAGUCCCCACAAUGCAUCACACAGCUGAAGUUAACUAUGGCCAAUUCCAGACUGCUUCUCUGGAGCCAUUCAGCGUGGUGGAGUUACCAUACAUCGGGGAGAAAAUCAGCAUGUUCAUGGUGCUUCCUGGCCACAAAAGCACAUCUUUGUCCCAGAUUGAGUCACACCUUUCUGCCAAAACCAUAACCCUCUGGGCCAACAGCUUAAAGAGAAUGAAGAUGGACAUUUUUCUACCUCGAUUCAGUAUCCAAAGCCAUUUUGACCUAAAGACAGUUUUUUCUGCCUUGGGAAUUACAGACAUAUUUGAUCCCCUCAACGCUGAUUUUAGAGGUAUUUCAGAGCAAGGCAGUCUUUAUGUUUCAGAAGCUAUUCACAAAGCAAAGAUUGAAGUAACAGAAGAUGGUACGAAGGCAUCAGGAGCUACAGCAAUGGUAUUACUGAAAAGAUCUCGAACACCUAUUUUCAAAGCAGACAGACCUUUUACUUUUUUCCUGAGACAAGCUGAUACAGGUUCUGUACUCUUUAUAGGAAGAGUUACAAAUCCUCCAUAA